GGGGGGAAGGGGGACCAUGCGGCAGGUAGCGGUUAACGGGUGUUGGGUUGCAGCGGUGCGGUCGGGGGGAGUCAACGAGGGUUGUCUCGCCAGGGUGAUCGACAUGGGGAGGUCACAGCGCCGUCAACAUGAGGCUGCCGCGGACCAUGUGCAGGACACAUUCAGGGCCCGCUCCCCUGUCUAUCGGUACCUGGUUGUCGGCCAGAAGGUCGACAACAAGGGGGUCAUGAUGCUCCGUUGCACGUUUUGCAACAAACUUUUCCAUGGGACCCAGUUUCAGGCCACGAGGCACUUCUCGCAGACAAACUACUGCAAGGACGUCAGCGACGAGGCGUUGUACGAGAUUGCUCGACGGACUCUGCAGAAGUUUGAGGCCGAUAAGAUGGAGAGGGUUUCGAGGUAUGCAGCGGAGCGCGGACUCGAUGUGCCCGACACGGGUGGUGCAAGGGGAGGAGAGGCGGGGCGGCAUCCGGCGGAGGGAGGGGUCGGGGGAGAUGGUGGGCAUGGUGCAGCAGACCCCACUUUGGGUGGUGGAGGCGGUGAGACAGAGGAGGCGCGUGGCCUGGGUGACGAGGGAGUCCCGGAACGGGAGGACGUGCGCAAGGGAGCUGCAACGGAGGGGUCUUCCAAGAGGAAGGAAGCAGGGAGUGAUCCGGCUGCCACCCCAACAAGGAAGAGGCUUCGGCAGCAGAAGGUGACUGAUGUCUACGGUGGCGAGUGGGUUGCCCGCCACAAGAAGGCAUUCCUUCGCUGGUUGUAUUCCAGCGGGGUCUCCUUCAAUGCCUUCCGCAACCAGGCGUGGAAGGCAUAUCAGCAGGUGCUUCUUGAGCAGCCUGGCAGUUCCCUGCGCGCAGUGCUCCCCAACCACUGCGAGAUUGUGAGUGUGCGGGCGGUGGAGACCCACCGUGCGGAGUUGGCGGAGGAGUUGGAGGAGGUGAGGCAGCCAUUCUGGGUGACUGGUGCCACCCUCCUCUCCGAUGGGAGGAAAUCACGAGACGGGAGACCGAUCGUGAAUUUCCUUGCUGAUGGCUCUCGAGGGGUCGUCGUGUACACGACGAUCAAUCGAGAGGGCAAGCCGGACGAUGCAGUGCACGUCCUUCGUAGAUGGGUUACCAUCUUCCACGAGUUCAGCUUUGGCGGGCCGCAGCGGAUCAAUGCGAUAUGCACUGACUCCGCUUCUGCCUAUGUGGGGGCUGCGAGGGCAUUGACCUCGCCGUCCACGCCUCUUGCACUGAGGAGGAUCACUUGGCUCCCGUGCUCCGUCCAUGUCUGCAACAAAUUGUUGUCAGACAUGGGGACGAGUUGCGACGCGUUUGUGAACGCGAUCACACUCGCUCGUGUGCUGGUGGUGUUUUUCAAAACCCACCAGGUUCAUUUUUUUAGGAUGCGCAGCCCCGAGAAGGGGCUUAUUCUUUCUUGCGAGACGCGGUUCGCGUCUGUUUACUCCAUGCUGGAGAGGCUGUUGGCCCUGCAGGACACUUUGCAGGACAUGAUGCGAGGGGACGACGCGCGGGCUUUUGCUUCCAUCCCGUGGUCCGCCGAUGUGUGCGUUAUGGCGCGGUGGCGGAGAGGAACUGGGCAGUCCAUCACCGCAAAUGUGCGGUUGAGUGAGUAUCGGCGGGCUGGAUGCGGUUAUGUGCUGCCAUGGCAGUGGGACGAGGGCAUGUUGGAUUGCCAGGCAGGACUCGAGUUGGAGCCUGUGCGCACGGGAACUCGCAGGGGGAUGACGGACGAGGAGUUUGCCCGUCAGGUUGCACUUAUUACCCGGGAUCCCAUCGGGGCGUCCGCACCACCCUCGGCUGAUGCCGUUUUCGAUAGACGUGCUUGCAUUUUUCGUCCCUACCCCAGGGACGACGACUCAGACGAGGUCCCGAUACCCGAGGUGGCAGACGACCCUGCGCUCUGCAUUCCCCGGGAGAUCGACAAGACGCACGAGGAUCCCGACUCCAAGGACACGAGGACACAGACUGCACGACGGGCGGCGAACCGGGCGGAGAGCGAGAUGCUGGGGGGAGACGAGGACUUUUGGGGCCCAUUCGGUGAGGUCGCUUCCACGGGCGGCCCAGAGGCGCAGGCAACGACCCCCACUCCGACGAGGCGGGAUUCGUCCAUGCCGCCACCUCCUGCUCCGAGUCCUGCACCUCGAUCGCCCGUCUCGCCACUUCAGCCGGACAGGGAGGAGUUGGGGUCCUCUUUGCCUCAGCGAGGCCUUCUCCACAGAGGCGGGGCAGUCCGCCAGCUUAGGUUACGAUCACCUUCCCCGGGGAUAGGUCAGGAGGAGGGGGGACCUUCGACAGCAGCAGUGGAGAGUUCGAUGGCACCAGCGGCUGUGUCGGACGCGACGAUCGCGGCCGCGGUGGAGGAGAUAGCAGCAGCAGCAGCAGCAGCAGCAGUGCUAGAGGAGAUGGCAGCAUCGGUGCUGGCGGAGGAUCCACCAGCGGCAGGAGGAGGUGCUGCAGUGGAGGGGCAGGUGGCAGCAGCAGGAGGAGCACGUGGAGGAGGAGCAGCAGUGGAGGUUGAGGUGGCAGCAGCACUGGAGGAGGAGGACGCACCGUCGGCAGUUGUAGUGGAGGAGGAGAUAGCCGCACAAGAGGAGGUGCACCGUGGGGGCGAUGACGAGCGCCUCAUGCAGCAGUUCCUCACGGAGGACCUCGGUCCGGCCAUAGCGGGUAUGACCCCGGGUGUGGAGAGGGGGUUUGGGAUUUCAAAUUCGGAGAUGGGGACCCACUUAGACCUGGAUUUGUCGGUGGGCCUUCCACCCAGUUGCGGCGGGGCGACAUCGACGGAUCGGGCUCCAUCGAGGGACGAGGCGCCAGGGAGGACUUCGACGCAGACCGCCAGAGAGAGGACGACGACUCAGUCUCCAGAUGCAGCACACGACAUCAUGGAGCGAGAGAGGGCUAGACUUUUGGCAUCGACUGGCCCUCGUGCUCAGGCGUUCCCACGGGCCGUAGAGGACACCAGGCGUUUAGAGAUAGGGGGGGAUUGUGUGCAGGGUGGGGUGGUGGCGGGGGAGGACGUUGCGGAGGGAGUGGCAGCAGAGCCGGUACCCGAGGCUAUGCCGGGUGGAGCAGACACAGCGGGCGUUGCUGUGGAGGGACGGACUCAGGCGGUGGAUGAGGCAGUGCAGGCAGGACAGCGACGAGUCGAGGGGGCUAUAAACUCACGACGCGAGGGGCAGGAGACAGCGACGGGUUCAGUCGUUCCAUUCUCGGGCCUGCACUUGGCUCAGGCCCGACAGCCGCAGGCAGUUCAGAUGGCAGUGCAUGGUGUGCCACCGCCCGUUAUCACAGAUUUGGGGUCCGAGCCGGUGGUUGUGCCCCCACGUCUUCCUAGCCACUUUGCUCCGCAGGAGGUCCGUUGUUCUUUGGAUGCAGAGGAGUUGGCGAGAGAGGCUGUGCGCGAUGUUACUCGCUUGGACCGGCGGAUCUUCGACCGGAAGCUCGAGCACCCACGGUGGCAGUCGAUCCCUUCGGUUCCAUGGGGUCCUGCGUCGCCCAUGUGGUCUGGGUCUACCUCCACUGGAGGACAUACCGCGGGACAUGUUCCAAGGGUUUCGGGUGGCGUGACGGAGACAGCGCCACACACAGGAAACAUGCCACCCCCUCCUCCCAGAGCACCUGCACGUGAUCCAUCAUCGUCACCCACAGGCAGAGGCUCUCGAUCCCCACACACGCCUGGGAGAUCUAGGAUUCGUGACACGACAGCAGUUCAGCAGGACGUGUGUGACACGACGAUAUUCGGGAGGACAGAUAUACAUUUGGAUUCCACCCGUCGUGUCACGGAGCACACUGCACGCCUUCAGCCGGGCUUGGGAGGAGGAGGCGCUAGGACGACCACGGCGAGGGAGGUACCGGCAUCGGGUUGUGAGCCUCAGCGAGGUCGUAGCAGAGGAAUCUCGACCGAUACCUUGGAGUACGCUCUGAGAGCAGCGACGCGUGCCGUGCAGGAGCAGACUCCACGCAAGCGUGGAGUACCUCCUCGUCCACGCCCCGUGCCUGCAGAGGGAGGCGCAACACUUGGAGAGAGUUCGGGGGCGGAGGGGUUGGGGAUGCCUCGUGGUUCCCGCCGUGAGCAGACCAUUGCAGAGGCUAGUGCGAGGGUUGUUGUGUUGAGGAAGGGAGGAGGCCCCGACACCAUCGAGGAGGAUGAUCCUAAUACGGAUGCGGCUGUGCGGGAUGUGGACGAGGACUACGAGGGCGAGGAGGAGGGAGAGGAGGAUAGCAGGAGUGGUUCCGAUGGUGACGACGACGACGACUACGAUGAGCCCCCACCUUCCCUAGGACCCCCACCGACGCGUGCAUCUAGACGCUCCGCUGCACGGACUUCUUCAUCCUCACGAGGGAGGAAGAGGUCGACAUCCGGCACUCGAGGGGGCACAAGGAGACACAGCAGGAAGGGGAAGAAGGGUCGUUGACCGAUGAGGCCAACACUCCGCUUCUCCCCUACUCGCACUGUACGUCGUCAUGUUGUGUGGUUGUAGUUUUUUUGGUAGUCUGAGUCGUCUCGUCUUGUCUCAGUAUUGUCG